UGCGCAGUAGUGGGCGCUUUAAAACAAGCCUUGAGGAGGGAACAUGGAGACACUUGCAGGUGGACUUGAAUAACAGUCGAGGCUCUCAUGGGAGGAGGUAGCUGUGGUUGAGAUGCACCGCCGAGGCGCUGCAGGAUGAACCAGCCAUGACUCUGAGGUCCAGUCUGUCUCCAAACACAGGAUUCAAGCAGGACACAGACGCAGAGAUUGGGCAUUUCGCCACUGUGAGACCCCUGAUCCUCAAGAGGGAGUCCUGCAGCUUCGUGGUAGGUGUCAAAGCUUCACACGGGGGCGAGACCCCGAGCAGAUCCAAGGACUCAGAGCAGCAUUACAUGACAGAAGUAGUUCAAGGAGACAGCAACACUGUGGGGGUUUUGUCCCCGGUGAGACAAAUGGGGGGUGAGGGAACCCCAGUGAAAGGUAAACCCCUCUCUGCUGACAGUAUGGAUAACCCUCAGAUGGCGCUGAACAAUAACCCCAAGGAUGCAGGUGCGGAUGACAGUGCCAAGGGGGUUGUCCCCGGAGUCCUCGGCACGGCGUCCAUUGAACUCUCGUCUGAGGGGAAGUGGAGGAACAUCAGGAAGACCCCCGCCAAUCCCCACACACAGGCCAACUGCCUCCGGCAAAUUCUCCUCCUGCAACUGGACCUCAUCGAACAACAGCAACAGCAGCUGCAGUCCAAGGACAAGGAGAUAGAUGAGCUCAAAGCAGACAAGGAGACACUUCUUGCUCGUAUUGAGCGCAUGGAGCGUCGGCUGCAGCUCACAAAGAAGGACCCGCCUCGAGACAAGCGUCUUUUCCAGCCCCUAGAGCCAUGGACCCCCGACAAAGAGGACAUGUGGGAUCUGGACACCGAAGAGGGUCAGCAGCCCAACACAGCCACCCCGCACCAGUUUAGUCGGGGUGGCAAAGGUCAAAAGAGGAAGUCUUGCUUCGGGGAUUCAAAACUCCAGAAAUCACGAGGCAAAGGCGCCAAGCUCAGCCCCCAGAAAUCCGAAAUCCGGCCCGGCUCUCCCAAUCAGAGAGAGCUGCGCAGUAAGGAAACCCCAGAGAAGAACCUUCCCAUGAGGUCGGGGUCAGAACGGGACCUCAUGCUCCCGUGCAAAGAGGAGCCCGAGCUGAGCGGUCAGAUAGAAGACCUGCCCUUCAUGUCUACUACAGAGAUGUACCUCUGUUGCUGGAACCAACCUCCUCUUUCUCCUCUGCGUGAGACUUCCCCUAAAAAGGAAGAAGAGGUGGCCAGUGAGUGGACUCCUCAUGUAGUACAUGAUAUGCUGAUUGUUUUUCCAUCUUGGAGGGAAAAUCCCAUCGAGCCUCUGGACGAGGACUCCUCCUUCACCCCCCCCGAGCCGUUGGACGACAAUGUGUUUUUGAAACGCCACUCGAAGCUGGAGUUGGAUGAGAAGAGGAGGAAAAGGUGGGACAUCCAGCGAAUCAGAGAGCAGCGCAUGUUUCAGCGUUUGCAGCAGCGCAUGAACAGGAAGAAGGUCGUCCCGGAGACGGAACCAGAGCUCUCAUCCUUCUAUCCCGACACUGAAGAUGUUGAAUCUAUAGUGAUCACUCCAUUCUUGCCUGUGGUUGCAUUUGGCCGGCCGUUGCCCAAACUCUCACAACAGAACUUCGAGCUGCCCUGGCUGGAUGACCGAAGCCGAUGUCGCAUCGAGGUGCCCAAAAAACACACUCCUCACCGGACCUGUCGGAAGUGAAACCCUGAUGUGUGUUUAUGUGACAACGGAGAGAAAAUGCUAUAUUUGUCGGGGGGGGUGAAAAAAAGACAAGUCGCUAUGUAUAACUGCUGUCGCUUUCAGUCUGAAGUGUCAGCGCUGACCAGCUGAUCUCCUGCAGAAUAUUAUACAAGCAAGGGAGAUCGCUUGAUGUAUUUUGGCCUCGUUUACACUUCUGAAAGGGAGAUUCAAAUGCAACAAGAUUACAGUCCCCGUGUUAGCAGCUGCUGAAGAUGACACAUCAGUUUGUAAUCUUAAAAGAAAAUGUAUGAACAGUUAUGUGCAUGUUCUGUAACAUGUUUAGAAUACAUUUCAUAGCAGCUGUGCAAUCCAAAAACGGAUUUCAUUGCAUAAAAGUGGAGGUUUCUGGCAGUUUUUCUGCAGCUGACAGGAGAAAGUGGACUCUAAUCUUGAGCGCGUUGAUGUCUGCGGUAAAAAAAAAACCAUUGGUUCCCAUUCUGACUUGAAAGUAAAGCUUGUGCAGUACGUCAUGAGCAAUAUGCCUACUAACUUUGUAUUCUGGGUCGUCCUGCCACGCUCAUUCUUCCGGCUUAAGUGGAAGACAAAUAUCUAAAUCUGACUGUAUCGUGCUGUGUAUUGCCUUUAUCGUUCGCACACAACUACAAUAAGAUUUUAUCAAUGUUUGGUGUGAUAUCGGGAGGUUUGAGCCACACUCAGCAUGAUUUCAUAUAAAAAAAAUAAUCGCAGUUCUAGUUCAAUCAAAUGUGAGAGAAAAGUUUUACAAAAAAGGCAACCGAAUGUUCUUUGUUCCUGGUUUGCUUUCUGAAAACAGCACGGGUAAUUAGACAGGUGGUCGACAUGGCGUGAAACCCAGUGUUCUGUUCCCUGUUUUAUUUCUAUUAGUUUUAUUUUUUAUGUGAGUUGCAUGGACUCUAUUUAGCUGUUUCUAAAUAACAAAACAUGGUAGCAUGGCUUCACUCCUCGAAAUGGAGAAGAAUCUCCGCUCAUCGGGCUGCAAAAACUACAAAAUAUCAUUCUUGAUAGCAUGACUUUUUGGCUGCAGCGCCAUCUGAUAAUAACAAAGUACAGUUUUGAUCUUUACAGUACGUUUACAUGCAGUAAAUAUUAGGCGAGUUGUGUGUAUGCGUUUGGUCUCAAGUUAUCUGACGUUCAAGGGAACCAUUUUAGACGAUGAAUAAUCCUUCUAGCUGUAGAUCUAUAGAUGUUCACCAGUUUGCUCUUCAACAUGCUGCCAGGUAAUCUCUCCCUCUGUGAUACGAUCACAGUGUUUGAUUUCUGCCCGUGUUUUUCUCUUCUUUGCUCGACCUCUUUAACAAACGAUGCAACGGCUCUCUGCAGUUCCAACACUUAAACUGCCCAGUGUGUCUGUAGGCAGACUUUGGAAAUUCAAAGUUAAUAUUUUCUUUCUUUCUUAUUCUUUUUUCUGUACAUAGCUUCCAGAAACAAAUGUACAUAAAAACAUGGCUGUUAUUUUUUUAUUAUUUAAUGUUGGAAGUGUUGAGUACAUUCAAUAUUGUUCUAUGAUUGUAUGUCGGCAAAAUUGACAGUUUUGAAAGUUAAAUUCUUUUUGGAAUAAAAAUUAACAUGUCUACGAUAUUUUGGUUUUAGUAUGUUUUUGGUUUGGUCUGAUAUCAAUAUUUUCAGAUUCAUAAAAAUCCGAUAAUAUGAUGCUAUAUAUACACUUACACUUAUAAUUGAAGCGUUUGUUACGGAGCUGUCUGCACAUGAACAUUGUCACUAUUGCUUUGCAUUGUGGGAUAUUUAUUCCUCAGACUCCAGAGCCAUAGAGGACGUUAAACUCCUGUUUUCACAGGCUGAGAAGUUCUUUCAAUGAUAAAUAAACUGAUUAAAGUUUUUUUAAAUCAGACAACCAGUUAUUUAAAUCUGGAAAAAAAAUGUUUAUUGAAUAAAGAAAAGCAAAAACAGGACAGUUCCUCAAAACUAACACAGCUGACUCCUUAUAACGUUUGGUAAAAGUCCUGCUGAUCUCAAAAACACCAAUAAGAAAGGAGUCACCUCUCCACUCGUGAAGUCAGCUAAAUAUACCUUUCUUUCUUUCUUUCUUUAUUUGUGUAGAAUAAACCACUCCGUUGAACCCAGACGACUGUAAAUACAGUAAACGUAACCAAAAGUCAUCAAAAGCUCACAUCAGGUCUAAAACUUUGUAUUUUAUACGAUGAUGAUGAUGAUACAAAGACCGCUGAACCAGCCUGAUACAAAAAAAGUGCUGACAUAUAAAAUAUCCACUCCUGUCCUGUUGGAAACUUUCCUUUGGGUUCUUUUAAACAUUUUGUUUUUAGUGUUAAUUUAUAUCGUGAAAAACAUCAUGCCUUGAGGAGUUAGUAUUUACAAAGACUGCGAGAUAAAUUUUCACUUUCAGAGAAUUUGUUUCAUUUGGCAAAAGUCUUAAAUGAGACAAGGAGACCUGUGAAGGAUAACGACCCUUAAAGGUUAUUCCUUUUCUUUUUGAUAAAAUACACACAUUAAAUGAAAAAACACCUCAGAACAAAAAAAAAAA